GGCUCCGUACCCCGAGCUGCAGCAUCCGCCUCCUCUGGUGCAGAGAAACUUCUCUCUCCAUAGCGUCUCCUCGCAGACCUGUUUGUGGAAAGAGCCUCCCCGGAUCCACAGCCAGCCGAAGGUCAAUGGUGAUUCCCACAUUUUGAGCCAUGCUGGAUCCAAGAGCGCGGUCAGCGAGAGCAGCCCUUUUGCCGAGAUAGCCAUGAACAGCUGCAAAUACAACGGAGGUGUCAUCCGACCGCUCAGCAGCCUGAGCACCUCCCACCGCAACCUGCACGAGCUGGAUGCUGAGACGCAGCCGCUGCAGACCUUCCACGACUCCGGCUUGGAAGUGGUGGUCUCCAAGUCUGAGCGCAGCAAGACUUCGGACACCCACCUCGACGAAGAAGCGGAGGGGCGCCCCCACGGCCCAAAGAAGAACCAGAACGUCGGCUACCGGUUGGGCCACCGGCGGGCCCUCUUUGAGAAGCGGAAGCGGCUCAGCGACUACGCCUUGAUCUUCGGCAUGUUUGGCAUUGUGGUCAUGGUGACGGAGACUGAGCUGUCGUGGGGCGUCUACACCAAGGAGUCUUCAUAUUCAUUUGCCCUGAAAUGCCUUAUCAGCCUGUCCACCAUGAUCCUCCUGGGGCUUAUCAUCAUGUAUCAUGCGAGAGAGAUCCAGCUGUUCAUGGUGGACAAUGGUGCCGAUGACUGGAGAAUCGCCAUGACCUACCAGAGGAUCUUCUUCAUCACCCUGGAGCUGUUCAUCUGUGCCAUCCACCCCAUCCCAGGACAGUACUUCUUCACCUGGACGACCCGCCUGGCCUUCACCUACACCACCUCAGAGGCCAGCACCGACGUGGACAUCAUCCUCUCCAUCCCCAUGUUCCUGCGGCUCUACCUGAUCGGGCGGGUGAUGCUUCUGCACAGCAAGCUCUUCACUGACGCCUCGUCCCGUAGCAUCGGAGCCCUCAACAAGAUCAACUUCAACACCCGCUUUGUCAUGAAGACCCUCAUGACCAUCUGCCCAGGGACUGUCCUGCUGGUCUUCAGCAUCUCCUCAUGGAUCAUCGCUGCCUGGACAGUGCGCGUCUGCGAGAGGUACCACGACAAACAGGACGUGACCAGCAACUUCCUGGGAGCCAUGUGGCUGAUCUCCAUCACCUUCCUCUCCAUUGGCUAUGGCGACAUGGUCCCACAUACCUACUGUGGGAAAGGGGUCUGCUUGCUCACCGGGAUUAUGGGUGCAGGGUGCACCGCCCUGGUGGUCGCUGUGGUUGCCCGAAAGCUGGAACUCACCAAAGCGGAGAAGCACGUCCACAACUUUAUGAUGGAUACACAGUUAUCAAAGCGGGUGAAAAAUUCUGCCGCCAACGUACUCAGGGAAACAUGGCUCAUCUACAAGCACACCAAGCUGGUGAAGAAGAUUGACCAUGCCAAAGUGCGGAAACACCAGCGUAAGUUCCUCCAAGCCAUUCAUCAGUUGAGGAGCGUGAAAAUGGAGCAGAGGAAGCUCAACGACCAGGCCAACACCCUUGUGGAUCUCGCAAAGACGCAGAACGUCAUGUACGACAUGGUGUCCGAACUGCAGGAGCGGAACGAAGACCUGGAGAAGCGCAUCAGUGCCCUGGAAGGCAAGAUUGACAUGUUGGGCCUGACCCUGCACGCCCUCCCUAGCCUUGUGAGUCAAGCCAUCCGCCAGCAGCAGCGGGUCCUGGCCCGGGCUUGCGGUGCCUCCAACAGCUCGGAACGCUCCUCGUGGACUCCCACCCGACAGCGGAAGUCUCCCUCCACCGCUCCCCACACAUCUUCAGACAGCGGGUGACGGGGUGGCGUCCCGUUCCAGCACCUGCUCGCGUUUCUGUUAUGGCCAUUGUGUGGCCGAUUUUCCCCUCUGAGCUUUUUUUCUGGAAAGCCCUGUAUAGUUACAACCACCUCCCAGAAUGCAAUUCUGCUGAGCCGGAGGCGGCAGAAGAUCAGACUGCAGUUCCGGGCCAAUUCCAAUGUAACAUUGCACAAGGGGAUCGUCCCCCUUCCUCUACCGUUCCCCUCUCCCCAAAUAUGGGGGUGGUCUAGCCUGAACAUCCAUGAAUUUCUGCAAAUGCCAAUUACGCACGAAUCUACCCAGAUGUAACAUAAUGAGGACACUUGAGGGGGGGGGGCAGGAUUAUGACAGACAAGUCAUCUUGGUCUUCCACUCAAACUGGCUUUGCAGACUCUCAAUAUACUUGAACUUAUGAAGCUGCCCUGCAGAGUCAGACUUUGGCCAAUCUAGCCCAGUAUUGUCUGCUCUGACUAGCAGCAGAUCUCCAUGGUCCCAGGCCAGGAGAAAUCUUUCCCAGUCCCGCAACCAUGGAGAGCCUUUUCAGCUGGAAAUACUAGGGAGUGAAACUGACAUCUUCUGCAUGCAAAGCAUGUGCCCUGCCACUGAGCUAUAGUCCCUGUCUCCUCCCCUUGAAGCCUGGUUCCUUCUCCCAGAUGGAAGACAAAGGCUGUAGUGCCCCCCUUGAAGUGCUUUAAAAAUAAAUAAAUAAAUGUGGGCAAUGCAGGCACGUAUUGGCUAGCACCUGUGACAUGGUUAAAACCAAGUAAUGCCCUUCAUAUCCCUCCCAUCACCACAGCAGUUUUGCAGUGGUUUUAAAAAUGCUUUUUAAAAAAAAGUUGGAUCUGGGGUGGAGGCAAGAGUCCUAGGAUAAUUCAGGGCAACUGCAGGGGAGAGGAAGUGUCAAGCAAGGGGGUCAGGAUUUUGGACAGAUCACACAAGACCAGAGCAGAUCAGAUGUUCCCAGCAAAGAUAUGGAGUCCACUGCAGGCUUAUACAGACUGUUGGCUAGUAGGGUGGCUUACCCUCCCUUUACUCUGGAGAAGCUUCUUAAAGGGGCAUUGGUUCCAACAGGGCUGGGAGGCCUCCACUUCAAUUGUCAGACCCUCAAAGGGACUCCUCUGAGUUGCAGUGUGAGGAUUCCAGGAACUUCCAGUGGAAUGGGAGCAUAUGGCAUCUGGGUUGUAGGGGCUUCCCAGUCUAGCCGCCGCCGCUGCCGCCUCCUCCUCCUCCUCCUGUGAUCCCUGGAUUUAAAAAAAGAAGUGGUGAGCAGAGAGGAAAAGGAAUGACAGAGCAGAGUGGUGGCUCGCCACUCCUUUCCUCCACACACUCUCUUCAUUCCCCUCUUCCUUUUUUCAAGCCAGCUAGCAUGGGGGGAGGAGCAGCAGCAGCAACAAGAAGAAGAGGUGGCACUUCCGGAUAGGAGAAGGGUGCAUUUGGUGCACCAAGAUGCCAAAUGCUAUCAGGUGGAGGGUGGCAGCAUUAGACAUCCCACCUCAGGAAUAGGCCAAUCUUGAGUUGGUCUGCCACCCUCUCUUCACCUCCUCGAAGUAAGUCUUCCCUGCCCCCUCAUGACAUUAGUUCCGCUCUCUAACUAUGGAAGCAAAAUUCAGUACUGAGAAAAGACCGGGCCUACGUUAGUGAGGACAAACAAAGUCAGUUGGGAGCAACAGCUGUGCUCUGAAUUGGCUUUGCCUGCCCUCAGUGAUGCUAUUGCAUAGCCAGAUCUGACCGGCUGUAUUGCACUGUGACAUCCUCACCGUUUUCAGAGCAACUCAGCAUGUCCAGGCAUUUGCUCUAAAGGAUGUAAAUACUUUGUCUUUCCAUAAGAGCCACCCCCAAUUUGAGAACUCGCCUGUGGAUGCUGCACCUAUUGUCUCUUGACAUGAGGCUUUGUCAUUCGGACAGGGUGUCUACACCACAACCCCAAAUCGGAGUAACUGGCAAUGUCUCCCCUCAUAUUCUUCAACACCCCUCCCAUCAUGCUGCACAUAAGUACAGUAGUCAAAUGACUUCCCUUGUAUUUGGCCGUAGAAGCCAUUACAAAGAAAGACAGGCUGUUUUCCAGACUGACACACUUGUGUGGACACAGUGGGAGCUUGUCCUCCAGACUAGCAUUGAGCAAGCACAAAAGAGUACCCUGGCUCAUGAUGCAGGAGUAGAAGCCCAUGUGCUGUUCCGCUAUCAUGGGGCAAACACAACUUCAAGCCUCAGAGGGAACCCCAUGAACUCCAUACAUCUGCCCAACAAUGUUCCUUGCACAAGUCGGCUUGUUUUCACGGCCUGCAUCCUACCCACCUUCAGAAGCUGUGUGUGCUCCCAGUUAUCAUCCGUGUGUGAAUCAAGAACAUAGGCAGCUGCCAUAUACUGAGUCAGACCCUUGGUCCAUCUAACUCAGUAUUGUCUUCACAAACUGGCAGCAGCUUCUCCAAGGUUGCAGGCAGGAGUCUCUCUCAGUCCUAUCUUGGAGAAGCCAGGGAGGGAACUUAGAACCUUCUGCUCUUCCCAGAGCAGCUCCAUCCCCUAAGGGGGAUAUCUUAUUGUGCUUACACAUGUUGUUUCCCAUUCAUAUGCAACCAGGGUAGACCCUGCUUAGCUAAGGGGACAAGUCAUGCUUGCUACCACAAGACCAGCUCUCAGGAGGAUAAAGUGGCCAUGUGUAAGGCAGGCACAGAUUCCAGCGGCAUUUUCUCCUAGCUUGAUAAUAUGCUGAAUAAAAGUGGUGGGCAGGACGAUGCUGUCAGAGCCAGUGUCCACCUCCAACAUGAUAUGACAACGGUGAAUAUUUAUAUACCACUUCUCAACAAAAGUCUCCAAAGUGGUUUACAUAGAUAUAAAUAAAUAAAUAGAAGGGCUCCCUGUCCCCAAAGUGCUCACACUCUGAAAAAGAAACAUCAUAUGGACCCUAGAAACAGCCACUGGAGGGUUGCUGUACUGGGGGUGGAUAGGGCCAGUUGCUCUCCCGCUGCUCAGUAGAGAAUCACCACUUUUAAAAGGUGCCUCUUUGCUCAGUUAGUAGGAGAACAUUUCCCCCUCCUCCAACCUAGCUUUUAACUUGCACACAAUCAAAAAUCAGGAGCACACAUUGCUCAGCCAGGUGAGUAGGAUGCUUGUCCUACCCAAGUAACCUACUGCUACUGCAUAUUUAUAUACCGCUUUCAACCAAAGCUUUCAAAGUGGUUUACAAAGGAAACUAAACAUAAAUAGCACACCAUGAAUAUACCAUAAAUACCAUGGGAACAGUCCCACUGACUUCACCUAAUUGUGUCAGGAAAGAGGAUUGAAUGCAGCAUACAAGCCCUGUUCAGCCAUUAUGAUGUUCCUCCAUUCAGAUGUCUGUACACAUGUGCUUGUGUGAAGGAGUGAACCUGCAUUCAUUCUAAGAAUGAAGCUAGGUAUGGUGCGCAUAGGAAGUGCCCAGCUGUACCUGUGUACAACAUAACGUGUGAAUAACAGUCCAGUCCAGAUCUCUACCUGUGUAUAGUCAUUGUGUGAGUAGUCAACAUAAUGUCUGAAUAGGGCUACUGUCCAAUUUUAAACCAAGAAAUUACCUGGAGAGUUAACUGCCACUCCUCCCUUGAAACCUUUUGCCCAGAUUUUAUCCUCUUUCUUUGGUCACUACAACAGGGUUCAUGCUGCAUGCGAUAAGGCAGUCUUCAUCAAAGAAUCAGCCAGCUACCAGUGAAUAUCCCAUGUGCCAUUCUGCUGCGGGGCUGAGAACAUAGGAAGCUUCCUUAUACCAAGUCAGCCUAUUGGUCCAUCUCACUCAGUACUGUCGAUACCGGUGGGCAAUGGCUUCUCCAGGGUUUCAGGCAGGAGUCUUUCCCAGCCUUUCCUGGAGAUGCUGCCAGGUAGUGAAGCUAGGACCUUCUGCAUGCAAGCAGAUGCCCUUCCAUUGAGCUUCUCCUCAAAGGUUGCUGCCUUCUUGCAGCACUGCUGAGAGCCAAGGGUACUUUGUGGUUUUGAUUUUGUAAGGUAAGCAUCAUCACGGGUGGCGAGAGAGGCCAAGAUGUGCCCCGCUUCUGCAGAAGCUAAACCAAUCCUACGCAGAUGUGAAAAGGGUCAACUCCAGCCUGCUGCUUUCCUGGGUAGUGGAAGUCGAAAUGUUACAUUGCAACUGGCCCUCUCCUUUGGGAGAGAUUUGGAUCCUGUCUCCAAUCCAAGGAGGUUGGCUUAAAGGGUGCACCUUGAUCUCCUUCUGUCUUUUGUGACUUCGCACAAGAUGUGUCUAGAAACAUAACUUGGAGGGUUCCAAAGGUGGAUUUUUCCUUCUUUUUUUAAUUGCCCUGGGUUCCUCAGCUUUGCCCUCUCCCUGCAACUGGUUUUUCCUUUUUUCUGACACUUGUUCCUCACUGCCUUCCAUUUUGAAAACCUCUCCCAAGUUUUGGUUUUCCAGCCUUGUGCAUUUCUAACAACUUCUUCUUCUUCUUCUUCUUCUUCUUCUUCUUCUUCUUCUUCUUCUUCUUCUUCUUCUUCUUCUUCUUCUUCUUCUCCAUCGCUGUUUCUUGACUCAGUAAUGAGUGGGGACGAUGUGAGGGGGGAAGGAUUGGACUGGAGUUCUGGCUGAGUGGGAUGAAAAAUAAAACACUCAAUUUUGUAGGAAUUAGAAAAGGCACAGUGCAAUCCAGCCAACGUGAAACAUUUUAAAUUUCAUUGAUUUCAGUGAAUCUUGUAAUACCUUAGACUAGGGGUUCUGAAUGUUGGGUCCCCCAAUGAUAUUGGACUACAACUCCCACCAUCCCCUCAGCCCUUGUAGCAGGGAAUGAUGGGAUUUGUAGUCCAGCAACAUCUGGGGACCCAAUGUUCAGAAGCCCUGACUUAGAUGAAUGAAUUUAUUUCAACAUACAUUUUUGUGGACUAAAGUCCACUUCAUCGCACACCUUGUGCCAAAAUAAAUGUCUUCAUCUGUAAGGUGCUACAAGAUGGUUGCUUUGGCUGCUACAGACCAAUCUGACUACCAAUCUGGAAAUUAAUUUCAAUGGAGACCGAUGUAAGAUUAUGCUUUAGAAGAACCUCAGAAGAGGCCUCUGGGUCAGAGGGCAACUGGACGCUUCCAAGGAGAUGCAAACUGGGCAUGAAGGCAACCGCCCUGCCAUUGAGUCACUGCCCUCCUGAAAUGGGCAUUCAGAGGUGGACUGACUCUAGACCUGGAGAAUCCAUUCAUGGCUAUCCUGGCUAAGUGCUGUUGAUCAGCCUCUUCUCUUCCAAGAAAUCAUCUGAGCCCCUUUUAAUAAGAACACAAGAAAGAUUUGGCUGGAUUAGACCACAGUGGGUCUAUGUAAUCCUGUAUAUCCUCUCUCUCGCAGUGGCCAACCAGAUGCUUUCAAAAAGGCCAACAGCCCUGUUCUUUUCCUCCACAAAUCCUCCUCCAAGAGCCAGUGUGGUGCAGUGGUUAGAGUGUUGGACUAGGACCAGGGAAACCUGAGUUCAAAUCCCCGUUCAGCCAUGGAACUCACUGGGGGACUCUGGGCCAGUUGUCACAUAUCUCUCAGCCUAACCUACCUCACAGGGUUGUUGUGAGGAUAAACAUAACCUCUGGGUUCCUUGGAGGGAGAGCGGGAUAUAAAUCUAAAACAAAAUAAAAAUCUGUAUUCUGGGGUACAUUGCCUCUGAACAUGAAAGCUCAAUCCAUAAUCAGCCUAACUACCCCACCGAGGUCAGUGGGGAAUAACAAAUGUUCAACGUUGACUGGAUUGUGUUUAUGGAUUUUGCAUACAUUGCUUUUUAAAAAAAAGAAACUAUAGAUGAUUUUGCUUAAAUGAAUGUGGAAACAUUGAAACAUUAACCACAGAGAGGCAUGAAUGGAAACAAAACCUUUAAAAUAACGUAGAGCUUCAAGACAUUUUGAGUGGGGUGGAGAAUAACACAGACAUUUUACAAUUCUGGAUGAAUGUUCAUGAUGGUGACCUGCAUGCUGUCAUAAAAACAUCAUCAUCAUCUAGUCAUUCAGAGACCUGAUCUGGAUUGGGGUUGCUGCAGGGGCAAUGUUUUAAAGUCUCCACGCCCUCGCUGCAGCCUGAAUUCACAUUGGGGCCCCAUGUGGCUGAUAUUUAUACUUGUAUUUAUCCAGAAGGAAUUCUGAAUUUAAGAUAAUCCCCUGAUUUCUAACGUCAAAUAACUUGGGGGAAAUCUAGUCUUGGAUUCAGGUAAAUACAGAAUCCUUGACAUCUUGUAAUAGAAUUCCCAGAAUUAUCACUCUGCCUAAGUAGGGGGUGGCUAUGGGAGCAUAGUGUCCUCUUUGCAUGCAGAAAUAAAUCCUCCAUUAAAAAUUUAGAAAUCUGAAAAUUCACCAGAAUUGUGUAUGUGUGUGCUCCCCCCCCACUUUGUUUCAGCUCUUUAAAAUAAAUAAAUCAAUCAGAGAAGUGGUUUGAUCUGAGAGAGAGACACAUUAAGUAGCAUCUUAUUUUGCAAGUUGUAGUUAAUUUGGGGAGUGGGCAGAAGAUGGGAAAGGUUGUGGGUUUUUUCCCCCCAAUUAAAAAAAAAAAGAGAGAAUGCCAUUCAGUUUCUCAUUAAGCGGGAAUGAUAGACCGGUUCUAGUGAGAAUAUUUUUGACUGUUUGAGGGAGGGGUAAUGCACGUAAUUGGGUGGGUUUGGGAGGGACGAUAGUUUUGGACAUGAUUUCCAAGUUGAACGCUGUACAAGGAGUUCAGUGGAUGUUUUUCCAGUUAGAAUUUACAAGGAUUGCUGUGAAAAGCAUGUGAUGGGGGGGUGGGGGGCACUCCCCACUGUGGGACUAAUGGAGAAGCCCCCAUGUUAAGGGAGCUAAUCACCUGUGUUUUGUGGUUGCACACAUCUGAAAUUGUGCAUUUCAGAUGCCUGAAAUUGUGGAGGCACUUGAGUCUCCUUUACUGCACUGAAGCAAUAUCUGGUGGCAGUGUUGAACAGGUGGGAGGGAGGUACCAAAAAUUGUGGGUGGGGGUGGGAGUGGGAGUGGUUGUACAAAUAUUUCCAAGUGCUCCAAAUAGCAAUAGAUUUUCUUCUUGUUGGUGCAGCACAAGAGGAGGGAGGUGGGGGGACAGGGAGAGCUAUCCAUAUCUGAAACCUGAAGAUUUUUGUAGUGUUGGAUUUCACUGGGUUCAUGAGCCACUUUUGUAAGUCUGCUGAGAAACCAAACUGACCCUGAAACUAAUUGCAUUGGAAGAAUUGUACCAACCAAAUCCUACUUCCUUCCUAUAAAGGAAAAACAAGUCUCCCCACCACCACAAUGGGUACAUUUCCCACCCCCAAAAGCAAUGUUUUUAUGCAGCCUUAUCCACCUUAGGGAUGAAGACAGACGUAACUGUUUAAGUGCUUUUGCUGCCUUCAAAACACAUAUAGCUUUGUCCUGAAUUUUUUUUUAACAAGUCCAAUGUGUUGAGGAAAAGCUGGCUGCUGCAGGAGUCUAUUGGCUAGCACCUAUAUCACCACUAACGUAUCCCACCAUCUCAAUCUGUACAAUAAUUUUGAAUCUUGCAAAACUUUUUUCCAACAGGAGGUAAAAUGGUGAAUGAUGAAAUAUAUGCACAUAUAACCAUAAUACAUUCUGCUUUUAGAAUGUUUUUAAAAUAUAAACUGGCUGUGGUGAGUGCCUGUUGGCUAGUGUCCAUGGCAACACAAACAUCACCAGCCCCAUCUGAAAUCUGAGGCGAUUGAAAGAAUUGGCCCAGCAUUGGAUUUGCAUGUGUGGAUCUACGUUUACAAUUUGGGUAAACAGCUGCAACCGCUGUUAAUCAUGUUAUGUCCGUCUCCAUCUUGUGCCUGUUCCAUUUCUUUUGACUUCAAUUGCACUCGAGACAUCUUAAGUCCAAGCACUCUGCUUUAAUUGAGUGGUGUGCAAGGACAAUGCUCUUGUGUGAGCGAGGCUGCAAUGCUGAAAAGGUAGAGCAAUCAGAUAGAAAUAGAUGGUGUUUACUUCUGAGUGUGUAUCCUUGGUAACGAGGUGUAAACCAAGUUGAAUCCAUGUGCAUUUAACUCAUCACGGCUAAACUUUGGCCUUUGGCAUGACAAGUUUUUGCAAGAGUGUUGUUGAAAGCCAUACCCUUAUCUGCUUUUGUGCUUUGAUGCUGGAUCACACAGACUCCUGUAGAGGCAAACUGGGGUCAUGCUGUCAAGUGCAUCAGCGCCCCUGACCCCAAACACAGAGCUUGAUUGUGGUGUGUGAAAUAAAGGCAGGGGACACCAAAUUCAUACCCAGAGGGAGGUUUUUGUUGUACCAAAAAGGAAACAGCUUGCUUUGAGGGUGAGAGUGUUCACCAGUGGGUGGUUCAUGCUGAGCUUCACAAUUUACCCUCCAGACCCAUCUGUGACCCCAGUUUCUGCUUCCCCAUGGGGAGUAGCAGCACAAGCAUAUCUGUAUUUGGGGCCUCAUUAUAACUGAUAUAUUUCCGCAGAGAUACAAAUCCUUCCACCCCUGGAAUCCCUUUGUUUUGGAGACACAUGGAACUUAUCCCUGGAAAGUAGUGUGUGCGAGAGCAAGAGACAAAAAGUCGAGUUUUACUUACAAUUUAAGGGCUACCCCUAUCCUCCAAAACGAAGUUCCACUCACAGUUCAGAACUGGGAACUUCCUGAAACAGACUCUUCCACUGUGGCUUACUGAAUAGGGCUAGUAUUAAAUACAUUUUUUUCCAUUGGAUCUUUGCUGCAAAUAAUGCAAAGAAGCAGUUGCUUUGAAGCUGGUGCAAGCUAGAAAGACAGGGAUAAGCAGGCGUCUCCCCCCACCCCCCGCCGCCGCCCCAUUUGGUUCCUCUCUUGCUCGGCUCUCUGCACAUCUUUAAUUCCAGUUUAACUAGGAGGAUUUCUAAAACGAAUCCUGACAUUGGAGCAGACGUACCUGGCUGCAAACUUUAAUUCCUUCUACUGGUUUGAAACUUCUGUUUCCUCUCAGCAUUACCAAAAGAAAACACUGCUGAAGCAGCUGCAUAAAUGUGAUCAUAAAUAGUAGUGCACCAGAUUUUGUUGUUCAGCAUUUAAGCUGUGCAGACACUGGUAAUGCAGUGUACAAAAAAAGAAAGAAAGAAAGAAAGAAAGAAUCUUGAUUGGAACUGCUCUGGUUCCCAUCUGCCUAAUUCUGGUGUGUGUGUGUGUGUGUGUGUGUGUGUGUAAAUUCUUUAAUACAGGGAGAAGACAUACACAUACACACACGCACAUACAUACCCACACACCACUGGGUUUUAAAAAACUUAUACAGCCCUUUCUCACAAUCCAGCUGUUGGGGCUGAGAGGGUCAAGGCAUAUGAUCUCAGACGGUCCUCUGUUUCCCUUCCAAAAAUGGCUCAGGGCGGUUUACACAGAGAAAUAACAAAUAAAUAAGAUGGCUCCCUGUCCCCAAAGGGCUCACAAUCUAAAAAGAAACAUCAGAUAGACACUAGCAACAGUCACUGGAAGUACUGUGCUGGGGGUGGAGAGGGCCAGUUACUCUCCCCCUGCUCAGUAAAGAGAAUCACCGUGUUAAAGGGGCCUCAUUUUAAACAAGAAGUUCUGGUAAGAACUAAUCUGCCUAUUUUCCUUUCACUAUAAUCUUAAUUUAUAAUUGCCCUCUUCACCAGUUAGCCCACUUCCAGCUUAAACAUUCAUGCUAAGCCAUCUUGAAUUGGGGUGGAUGACAGAAUCACAAACUAGGCCACUGAGGUGCCCCUUUGUGUCCCUACAACUGUACCAGAUUUGUUAAAUCAGUUAGGCAGUUCACAAGUUAGCCCACUUCUGGCGCAAAUGGUCACACAAGAUGGUCACACCAUCUUGAACUGCUAUGGAUUACAUCAUCACAAAUUACACCAUUUAGGUGCCCCAUGGGUCCCUACAACUGUACCAAAUUUGGUCCAAAUCGGUCCAGACAUUGCGAGGUUAAUAGGGACACACACACAGAGAGAGAGAGAGCUCACACACAGGGUGAGCUCAAAACAAAAUGCCAAAUUGGCUUCGUGCACAUCCCUAGUAGGCUGCCCCUGGAUUCUAAGCAGUUAAUGGAGAGGCCCUUGGAACUGUGAGAGCUCAGGUAUGUAUGAGAGUUCCUGAAUCCAGAUCACUGGGUCAGGGCAAAAAUGUCUGGUGAAUUGGAUCGAAUUUAAUCUCCAUGCCAACAUGAAGGUCACAGUUAUUCCCAGCUAGUCUUCAUGUUGGAGGAGAAACCUGAGAAUUAGUGAGAGAUUUCCCCAUGGCCACCCAUGAGGGUCCACCUCACGUCUCAAGUGAGAUGGACCCACAUCGGCCUGAUACAUCUUUCUCCAGUGCAAACCCCAUAUUGUUUAGAUCUGUUUAAUAGGUGGCGUAGCAAUGUGGCUGGCCUUCAACAACCCACUCUUUCUCUCAGCCUCUGUCUUCUCACCUGCAAUAUGGACAGAAUGACUGGCCUCCCUUGCAGUCUUUCCCUGUUGGAAAGACUGCAAGGAGAGUAUGUACUCUAUAGCCUAGCAACUAGGGGACUAUGCUACCAAUUGAGAAGUCCCUGGUUCUAAUCUUGCCUCUAGCAUCAACAUAGAACAAGAGUCCAAACCCCCCCCCCUCUCAGCCUCCCCAUCUACAAAAUCGGAUGAUGAUAUAAUAGCCUAACCAGGAUACUAUCCGAGGUGGCAUAAGAGUUACUAAUACUAUCUAUUAUUGGUUACUGUUUAUUGGUAUAUUACUAUUUAGUUACUAACUGUAUACUACUAGUAGUAUCAUACUACGGAGAUACUCCUAGUUAAUAUGUUAUUAGUAGUAUACUAAGAAGCAUACUAUAUAGUGUAGCAUAAAAGCUAUGAUUCAGGGCAUCCAUGUUCUGAUUCUGAACCUUGCCUCUGUAGUGGCCUUAAUUUUGCUUUGUUUUUCAUUCCAAGUAUCUUUAGAUUCUUUCUUUCUUUCUUUCUUUCUUUCUUUCUUUCUUUCUUUCUUUCUUUCUUUCUUUCUUUCUUUCUUUCUUUCUUUCUUUCGCAACAAACAGUGCUGGGGUGGGGAAGCAAG